AUGAAUACCCUUCACAGGCAUCCAAGAGCUCAUCCAUAUGAGCCUGCACGCGCUUUUGAAGAAGGCUCCGAGGAGCAUGUUUCAAAUACCCCCAUAUACAAACGCCAUUUCAUUUUAUCGAAAAAAGAAUGGCUGCUCGAAAUACUGGGCAUUUUUGGUGCCUUGGUCUGUCUGGUUGGAAUUGGCUCCAUCUUUCUUUACAUGCACCACAAGCCUCUCUCUGCGUGGCAUCCCCGCAUACCUUCUCUUAACACAGCGGUCUCAAUGCUGACAACUGCUUCCGCUGCACUCAUUAUGUUCAGCGUAAGCGAAUUCGUUGGCCAAUAUAAAUGGCUUUACUUUAAGGAGAAACCUCGCAAGCUUGCGGACCUUGAAAAGAUUGACAAUGUCAGUCGUAGCGCGUUAGGGUCUGUGAAGUGGCUUUUCAGUGGGAGUCCUAACCUUGCCAGUCUGGGCGCAAUAAUCACAAUCUUGCAACUUUCUUUCACGCCAUUUGCACAACAAGUGAUUUUGAUAAAGCAGCGAGACAUCUCCACCCCCGCCCACAGUGCAAGUAUUGGAUAUACGCACAGUUACAACCACCUCGAAAAGUAUGGCACACCCAGCGGCCUGGCCAACGCUGCUGUCGAGGCUUACCCGCAAGACCCCGAUAUGCAGUCUGCCAUCAUCCAGGGUCUUUAUGGCAUCACUCCUACAGAGCCAUUCAGGUGCCCCGGGGCAUGCAGCUGGAAAGAAAAACACAUAUCGCUGGGGUUCAAGUCCGAAUGCAAAAAUGUUACCCAGGCGACGUUGAAAACAGCCAUCUGCAACAAGGCGGAUGCCCACCUGACAUGCAAUAUGACUACGCCAUCUGAAAUCACCGUCAUAAGCCGCCGGGUAGAAACCGACAGUGUAACAGCCUACUACAUGAAUGUAUCAGCUCCAGUAUCCAGCAUAAAAAUCUCCGGCCAGCUCUCGAAUCUUCCAGAGAUCACGCGGUUUGCAAUUUUUCGAUCGACCCCAGACUAUAACUACCUGAUCAAUGACAUCGAAAUCACGGAAUGUGCUCUCUCCCUCGCAGCAUACGAAUAUUCAAUUGCUCGAGCGAAUGGCAGUGAGAUCUCAUACACCAACAGGCGGGAGGUCGACUUUGGCGUUGAGAAUCCUUGGCAAUGGCCGACCGACAGAUUGGCAAGUACACACACCAACGAAACGACAAAUGGAGACGUCCAUAUUCCAGCCCUCGAUAUAAACUAUAUCACUUUCAUGGCGUUGAGAAACUUCUUCCUUUCUACGACAAUCGUUACGGAAUGGGUGGAAGGAAGCUACAAGAACACAAACCUUGGUGUCUCUGCUGCUCUGCCUCGCAGUGUAGAUCUCGGCAAGCGUUUUGAAAAGAUGGCGACUGCAAUGACCGACUAUUUGAGAUACGGACCCAAUAGCCUGUCUGCCUAUGGGGAUGUGAUUCAGAACGAGGCAUAUGUUUACAUCCACUGGUGGUACGUCAGUGUUCCAGCUGCGACGGAGCUCCUCGCGAUCCUCCUCGCUAUCCUGACGAUCGUUCGCAAUCGCAAAAGCCGCGGAGUGCCCCUCUGGAAGAAUUCGGCGCUUGCUGUACUGGGGUGUCAGUUACAGAAGGAUGAGCAGUAUGGGCUUUUGCACUCUUCCGGAGAGAGCGUUGAUCAGGUCAAAAAGCAGGCUAAAGUUACCAUGGUAGCGCUUCCAUAG